UUGCAGAGGAAACUGGCUUUUCAGUUUCCUCAUUUACUCAUUAAGUCUGUUUUGGGAUCUGGAGCCUGGAGAUUUCAAAGAGAUCUGGGAGGGAUGAAAUCUCCAAUCCGGGGUCCGUGUUUUGAGAACCCCCAGCACACUGAUUGCACAGGUGUGUGCAGGCCUUUUAGGGGAAGCCAGGCCAUGAUUCUGGGCUCCACCCCGGCAGUUAGGAGGGCUCCACCCAGGCAGACGGAGUUAGGAGGGCUCCACCCAGGCAGACGGGAGGUCUCUGCCGUGGAGUCAGGUGGAAGCCAGACUAGCUGUGUGCUAGUG